AUGAAGCUCGACAAGUUCCCCAAGCACCAGCUCACCUUCUCGGGCCCGACGCCCAUCCAGCACCUCAAGCGCCUCUCCGAGGCCCUCGGCGGCAAGGUCCAGCUCUACGCCAAGCGCGAGGACUGCAACUCGGGCCUGGCCUUUGGCGGCAACAAGACGCGCAAGCUCGAAUACAUCAUCCCCGAAGCCAUUGAAGGCGGAUAUGACACUCUCGUCUCCAUCGGAGGCAUCCAAUCGAACCAGACGCGCCAGGUGGCGGCGGUGGCGGCGCACCUGGGCAUGAAGUGCGUGCUGGUGCAGGAGAACUGGGUCAACUACCACGACGCCGUGUACGACCGGGUGGGCAACAUCGAGCUGUCGCGGAUACUGGGGGCCGACUGCCGGCUGGACUCGGCGGGCUUCGACAUCGGCAUCCGGCCCAGCUGGGAGCAGGCCAUGGCCGACGUCGAGGCCAAGGGCGGCAAGCCGUACCCCAUCCCGGCCGGCUGCUCCGAGCACCCCAAGGGCGGCCUCGGCUUCGUGGGCUUCGCCGAGGAGGUGCGCGCACAGGAGAAGGAGCUGGGCUUCAAGUUCGACUACAUUGUCGUGUGCGCCGUGACGGGCAGCACCCAGGGCGGCAUGAUCGUCGGCUUCGCUGCCGACGGCCGCGCCAACAAGGUCAUCGGCAUCGACGCCUCGGCCAAGCCCGAGAAGACCAAGGAGCAGGUGCUGCGCAUCGCGAAGAACACGGCCAACCUGGUCGAGCUGGGCCGCGAGAUCACUGAGGACGACGUCGUGCUGGACACGCGCUUCGGCGGGCCCGAGUACGGCCUGCCCAACGACGGCACCAUGGAGGCCAUCCGCCUGUGCGCCCGCACCGAGGGCAUGCUGACCGACCCGGUCUACGAGGGCAAGUCGAUGGACGGCAUGAUUUCCAUGGUGCGCAACGGCGAGUUCCCAGAGGGCUCGCGCGUGCUCUACGCGCACCUUGGUGGCGCCCCGGCACUGAGUGCCUACAGCUAUCUGUUCAAGGAGGGAUAG